AUGGCCGCUUGGGGGAGGCUCGCUGCUCUGUUCAGGGGGGUUUUGCGCACUCCAAGGGGCGUACAAGUACAAGUAGGACUGCGGCGAGUGCUUGGCCCGGGUGUCGUGGGUUCUCUGGUCGGGACUGGGGUCAUUUGUUUUUACCGCUACAGCCAACAGAACCGACUGCUUCUGUGCCCAGUGUACGCGAAGGAAAAGGAACCUAAUGGAGAUGCCCCACACAUGUCGCCCCGGAGGCUCCGCUUUUACCAGUUUGCCUCUGUGGUUUACCAGGGCGAGCCAUACAUGACGCCCAGAGACUUCCUCUACUCUGUGAUGCUGGAGAAUGUGGACCGAAAGCUGCAGAAGAGAGUUUUAACAGAAAAUGAGGUGUGUAAAAUGCUGAGAGUAGCCUCAAACGCCAGAGCAGGGGAUUCUUUGUUCAGAACCCUGGGAGACAAUGGCCUCAUUUCCUACACAGAGUAUCUGUUUCUCUUGACCAUCCUUACAAAGCCACGCACCGGAUUUCACAUUGCUUUCCAAAUGCUGGACGUGGAUGGAAAUGAACAAGUGGACCAAAAGGAAUUUCUGAAGCUCAAGACAAUAAUAGGAAAAAAGAAAAUGGUUUCACUGGCCAAGGGCGAUAUUGAGAGCACCGCAGAAGGAGACGUUGUAAAGACUUCUCUUCAGGCGUUCUUUUUUGGACAGAAAGGAGAAAACAAGUUGCAAUAUCAGGAGUUUCGCAGGUUCAUGGAAAACCUGCAGGCCGAGGUGCAGGUGAUGGAGUUCCUGCAGUUCUCCAAAGGGAUGGACACCAUGCGGAGGGAGGACUUUGCCGAGUGGCUGCUGCAUUACACCAACGAGGAGAACAAUGAAGUGUACUGGCAGAACAUGAGGAAGAAGAUCCCUGCUGGACAAAGCAUCACGUUUGAAGAGUUCCGAGCCUUCUGCCUCUUCACCAACAACCUGGAAGACUUUGCCUUUACUAUGAAAAUGGUCACAGAGGCAAAUCGUCCGGUUGGAAUGGCUCAGUUCAAGCGCGCCGUCAGAAUCGCCACCGGACACGACCUGAGUGACAACGUCCUGGACACAGUUUUCAAACUCUUCGACAUGGACGGAGACAACUGCCUGAGCCAUAAAGAGUUCAUCGGAGUCAUGACAGACCGGGUCCUGCGCGGUCUGAAGGUCCAGCAUCAGACGGGCAUCUCCGGCUAUUGGAAGUGUGUGAAGCAAGAGACACUAAAGGGGGCGAAGGAGGCACUUGGAAAUGGCAGCUGCCCCAUUUAA